CCACUCGUGACCAACAGCUAUACAUAGCAUACCUACCGCUGGCACACAUACUGGAGCUCAUCAUCGAAACCAUUAUGUUUAGUGUCGGCAUUAGAGUCGGGUAUUCAACGCCAAACACACUGACAGACGUGGGGACAGCCAUACGGCCGGGCGAUAAGGGAGACGCCACUCUACUCAGGCCAACACUCAUGGCUGGAGUGCCUCUCGUGUUGGACCGCAUCCGCAAAGGCAUUGUUGACAAAAUCAGUAGAAAUGGUUUAAUCGCACGACAAUUGUUUGAUUUUGGCGUUCAGUACAAAACAUUUUGGACUCAAAGAGGUUUCGAUACACCGAUUAUGAACCGUUUGGUGUGCGGGAAGUUCAGGGCCACAGUUGGGGGCAAAUUGGAUAUGAUGUUUGUCGGCGGCGCCCCUCUAUCGCAGGACACCCAGAAAGUGAUCAAAGCGUGUCUUAACAUAAAGUUACUUCAGGGCUACGCCUCCACAGAGACUUCUGGUGCCGGGUGUCUAAUGGAUCAGUCGGACCAAAGUUACGGACAGGUGGGCGCACCCCUGAGGGGCACUAAAAUAGUGUUAGAGGACUGGGAAGAGGGAGGCUAUAGAGCCACAGACAAACCCAACCCUCGGGGAGAGAUUGUCAUCUCAAGCGACUCGAUAUCUGCCGGUUAUUACAAGUUAGAGUCGGCCACAGAAGAGGCCUACUAUACCGACGCUGACGGCCAGCGAUGGUUCCGUACGGGAGAUAUCGGCGAAGUGUAUCCGAACGGCAAUUUCAAAAUAAUUGACCGCAAAAAGGAUUUAAUAAAAUUAUCAUUCGGUGAAUACGUGUCGUUAGGAAAAAUUGAGGCCGAAUUGAAAUCCAAUCCAUUGGUGGACAAUAUCUGCGUUUACGGACAUCUCUAUCACUCAUAUUUGGUGGCAUUGGUUGUGCCAAACCAGCUGUCGGUCGUCAGACUC